AUGCAGGAACAAUUUGAGCCGUUGAAGAAUGAUUUAUUGUUGAGGGCCGCUCGCGGCGAGAAGGUUGAGCGUCCUCCAAUCUGGGUGAUGCGACAAGCCGGUCGCUACCUCCCCGAGUACCAUGAAGCCAAGGCAGGCCGUGACUUCUUCGAAUGCUGCCGCUCCCCGGAAGUGGCAUCGACCUUGACGCUCCAACCAAUUGAACGCUACGAAGGCCUCAUUGAUGCCGCGAUCAUCUUCUCGGAUAUUCUGGUUAUCCCCCAGGCUAUGGGAAUGAUCGUUGAGAUGCUGGAUAAGAAGGGCCCUCACUUCCCCGAGCCCCUUCGGUCGCCCGAUGAUGGACAAUACGCUCGUGUUAUGGAGAAGAAGGUGGAUGUUAAGGCAGAGCUGAACUACGUCUACAAGGCCAUUACGCUCACACGUUUCAAGUUGAAGGGCCGUGUGCCGCUCAUUGGUUUCUGUGGUGCGCCCUGGACUCUGUUGUGCUACAUGGUCGAAGGUGGUGGCAGCAAGCUCUUCGUUGAGUCCAAGAAGUGGGUCUACAAGUACCCGAAGGAGUCGCAGGCCCUUUUGCAAAAGAUCGCUGAGAUCUGUGUGGAAUACCUGGCGCUCCAGGUUGCUGCCGGUGCUCAGAUGAUCCAGGUUUUCGACUCAUGGGCUGGAGAGCUGUCGCCUGCCACCUUUGCCUCGCACUCCUUGCCUUACCUGCGUCACAUCUCUGAGAAUCUCCCCAAGCGCUUGAAGUCUAUGGGCCUGGAGCCCGUCCCUAUGACUGUCUUUGCUAAGGGAGCUUGGUACGCUCUGGAUGACCUUUGCAAGUCUGGCUACAACGUGGUUGGUCUGGAUUGGUUGCACGAUCCUGCCGAGGCUAUGAAAAUUGCCAACGGCCGAGUUACCAUUCAGGGUAAUGCUGACCCAGGUAUGCUCUACGGUGGACCUGCUGCCAUCACUCCCACUGUGGAGAAGAUGGUCGAAGGGUUCAAGAAGGGCAAGCAGGGUUGGAUCUGCAACCUCGGACACGGUGUCACUCCAUUUGUUGACCCAGAGAACCUUAAAUUCUUCUUCGAAGAGAUUCACCGUCUCACCAAAUAA